CCGUUCCUCUUUCUGUGAUGUGCUGCUGAGCAGGCCGUGUGGGCAGGGUGAUGCUGAGGCUGAGAGUGCGGGACAUGCAGGAAGCAGACCAGGUUGAGGACUCCGCCGAGGAACGGUCCUUGCCCACGGGAGGAGACGUGAACGAGGCACCCGGUCCGGGUCUGGUGGCAUGAGUCCGGCGGGGACAUGUGGCUCUGUCUAGAGGACACGCAGCGCGCACCGCCCCCUGGCCUGGUUUGGCCCAGCUGCCGGAGCUCUCCAGAGCGCUUGGAGUCGGACCCCGGCCAGAGAUGGCCAAGAGGGACUACCUGGUGGACGCCGCAAAGCAGAUCCGCAUGGCGCUGGACCGGGAGGUCAGCGAGGAUUACGAGGCGGCCUUCAACUACUACAAGAACGGGGUUGACCUGCUGCUCAACGGCAUACAAGUGGACCCAAACAAGGAGAGACGAGAGGCAGUGAAGCGGAAGACCACUCAGUACCUGAAGCGCGCAGAGGAAAUCUUCAACUCUCACCUGCAGGGCAGCCUGGGAAUCGGGACCACUCUGUCUGGGGGCUACAGCAGCCUGAGGUUUCGGCCCAUCAGGAACCUCAGCAUGCCGGUGGAGGACCUGAAGACGUGCAAAGUGGUCGGGGUCGUCGAUAAGGUCCUGGCUGUUCAAAGCCUCACCGCCGAAGAGACGUUCAUCGUGAAGAGCCUACCCAAGUCAAGCGGGGAGAGUCGCGAGCAGCCCACCAUCAUCCCCCAGGGUGUGCCCUUCAUGGUGAAGCUGCUCCGCUACUAUGUCAGCGAGGAUGCCGUCUACCUCCACCUGGGCUACGUUCAAGGAGGGAGGCUCUUCUCAAAGCUGCGUAAGUUGAGGAAUGAGAAGUUGAAGGAACACCCUGAGUGCUGUAGCCCCGCCAACUGCAAGAUCCACCUCAGGAACAGCUACACCACCCCCGCCAUGAGCCUGGACGACCAGCAGAGCAGCAAGACUGUAGUUUGGCUGGCUUCAGAGGGCAGCGCUCACCAGGACCCGGAGCCAGGGGACACCGAAUCUCUCGCCUCCUGGGAGGAGGUGCAGAGACAACUGGAGAGCUGCCGGACACACUCCUACUGUGAGGAGACAGGCUGUUUGUACAGCGCUAGGGCCGGACACUCGGACGAUCCGCCGGAGCCAAAUCGGGCGUCCGGGCCGCCAGAACGGGAUGCCGCAUUGGGGGCUGGAUCAGCGCACAUCACGGUGCAACGGCUAUCGCACACUCAGGUAACGUGUACUGUGCCACCACAUGGCCGCUUCACAGGAGGGCUCGAUGAGGCUCCCAGCAGGACCUGGGAUCCUCUGAAGAAGCAUGUGCAGACAAUUGAGUCCAGCCCAGAUUUCCAUGUCAACGACACAAGUUGCUUCAAGAGCCCAAAUCCAAGCGACACUCGCGCGUGGAACGACGUAGGCCGAGAGGUGGCAGGAGCCUAUGGAAUACCUCACGUGGCCAAGUCCUCCGCAGCGGCUCCAUGGGUUCUUCAGCCUUCCAAAGGUGAGCCAACUUCACCAGUGGACGCUAAGAGUCAGGGCAUUGAUACACCUACUCUGGAGCUAGAUGUACGCAAGCAAAUCCAGGGCAGGCGUGGUGCGGCAGCAGAGACUGCUCGAAGCCCCGAAGGUCCUCGCUUGGUCUGUGACCCAAACAGAAACCCCGUACAUGCAACGGGUGUUCUCAGCUCGCACGGGUCGCCUGGAUCCGGGUCGACUUGUAGGCCAACAGCUGCGGAAACUAAAAAGACUGUAGAAGCCAUAAGGACAGAUGCACUUUCUUGCGUUGAGGAAGCUGUUCCUGCGGUGCAAACAGCAAACACGUUCUCAGGAAAUACCCAGCCCUCCUCUGGUUCUCAUAGCCGUGGCACAGAUAUCCCGACAAGCGUCUCCUUGGAUACCCCGGAACCAAAGGACCUCGGUGAGAGGCAUCGAGGAGAAGAGGCGGAUGACGGUUGGGAGCUGCUAAGCCCUCUGAAGAGAGAUGCGGCCGAAGCCAGAUCAACAGGGGGGCAACCGUGGGAUCCGCAUCCAACACCCCCUGCAGCUGCUCACAUGUCAAGUAGGAAGGCAGAACCAGAUGGGCUGGAGGCAGAGCAGCCCAUUGAGGUGGACGGGUGGUGCUUGCUUCCUCGGAUCCCGGCGCGGCGGCCCAAGGAAAAGAGCGAGCAGGGCUGCCGGGGUCUCCCGGAAGCCGAGGUUCGACUGUGGGGAGCCCACAUCGUGCUGGCCCUGGAGAGCCUGCACCAGCAGGGCAUCUUGUGCCGGGAUCUUAACCCAAAGAACAUCCUACUUGACAGCAACGGAAACGUCUGCCUGACCUACUUUGGCCAGUGGAGUGAUGUUCAGCUGGAGAUCAGCGCCAAAGCGAUGGAGAACAUGUACUGCGCUCCAGAAAUCGGAGGGGUGGCCGAGAUCACGGAGGCCUGCGACUGGUGGAGCCUGGGGGCCCUUCUCUACGAGCUCCUCAGCGGCAUGCCCCUCCGCCAGUGCCACCCCACCGGGAUCCUCUCCCACACCCAGCUGCUCAUCCCGGAUCACCUGAGCACCGCGGCCGCCUCUCUGCUCAGCGAGCUCCUGCAGUUUGACGCGGGACACCGGCUGGGCUCCGGAGGCGGCGGCGUGAGCGACAUCAAGUGUCACCCCUUCUUCGGUGCGGUGCGGUGGCACUCCCUGGGCAGCUAGGGCUCCGGCAGCCAGCCUCCCCGACGUCUCCUCGCCCACCGACCGGGACCGACGGGGUAACCUCGCUGGCGCUUGCCUGGCGGACUAGUGUCCCCUAGUGGUGGAAAGACCAAAGGUUCCGAGCGCCGCGCAGCUCUUUCCUGAAUAGCGCUCGCUCCCGGUCCCUUGGAGAAACGACACCGUACGGAAGAGCGGGGCAGGACGACACCGAAGGCGCUGCGACUCCGGGUCGGAAUGACAGCGAUCGCCGAGCGAACCGUGCAGAAACCGGACUCGAUCAAAUGCACCGAGGUCCGACGUACCAGACCGGUUCCCUGUAGCCAUUCGUUCGUUCGUUCAUUCGUUGCUUUCCUGCAAAGCAACUUACCACGUGAAGCUACUUACACUGCUUUACCCGUUUGCACAGUUCUCUCAUUUUUUACUGCAUCAGUUGAGGGUUAGGGCACUACAGCGGGAGGUGGGAUCUGAACUUGGGAGCAGACAGUCCAGAGGAAGCAGCGCCAGCCGUAGCACAACGUCCAUCGUGAUUUCAGCACGCUGCGGUAAAACCUGGUGGACACGGUAUGGGUGUUUCGUACUCAUCGCUGCCGAAUCCCAGCGGCCUGACGAGGGCGAUCUGCCGACGGAGUAGUUAGAGACAACCUGCUGCCCUCGAAGGACACCGGUUCGAAUCUCGGCUCCUUCCGUAGUAACGCCGCUCACGGAGGCCUCCGAUCAGUCCAGGUGAACCGAUUCCCAUUCGCGCGUCACACCGCGCGGUAAGGAGAAGUGGCCGAGGAGCUUCUCGCGGAUUCGGCGUCAGCGUGACCGGGGAAGGUCGCCUCGAGGAGGAACCCAUUCGCUGCGGUGGGACUGAUGACUUGAGGUUUUCGAGAAAACAUGUCUGAGAACAAGUGGGAACUUUGACAAUGAUAUUGUGCAGGUCCCGUCUCCCCCCCCCCAGCCCCCCAGCCCCCCACGACCACGGGCCACACAUUGAUUCAUUUCCUCUGAAUCAGUCUGUGAGGUAAACACUUCUUACUGUGCGGUUACCCUUCCUCUCAAACUCCGCCUUCGGCCCCCCACUCAGACACUAGAGCCGAGCGCGAGCGGUCGGCCCCGCGCCGUGCGGGAGAUGGGGAAACGUGGACACGUGGACGGGCGUCCGGGAGAGUUCCGCCCGAGGUGCUCUUCAUACUCGUCGACACACUUUUUCAAAUAUUUUCCCACGCUGUCGGAAAAUGAGUUUUCACGCUUUGGAUUUUGCUGUAAAUCAGAGUUACUUUUCCUCUCCUUUCGAGACGUCCCCCACUUCUCGUUUUCUCGGUUUUCUUCAUUUCGACACGGAUCAAUCGGGUAAAACAGCCGACGCACAUUUCAUACCUGAACCUUCAGCAGACCUUCGAUCCGUCUGCGACCUAAAGUGGAAGAAUUUUACUCCAUCGCUGUAAAUGUGCGGUGCAUCCCCAGAGAGGGACGGGUACAGCUUUAUCGUGUACUAUAUUGUUUAUAUUAUAACAAACGAGUACGCCUAAUUCCCAUGUUCCCCCCCACACGCGCACACACGUACGUACUAGCAUAAGCCCAAAGGACAAAGCAGACAAGGUGUCUGGCGAACAUUCAAGUGCUUCUGGCCUGAAACACAGACUAGGGAACGGUGCACAAAAGGGGGAAAGCGUCUGCUGAGACGAAUCACCGAGACAAAGAGCACCUGCUACCAUUUAUGCAUGUAUGAUUUCAGAGAAAUAAAUUUUUGGAUGCCGACUCUGUGUCCUUUUCAAUAUUUAGUCUGCUCGUGGCUGGUGAAUAUGUUGUGCGUGGGGUUAAUGGAAAAGGUACACGGGACUCAGCGAAAGAGAUCCAAUAAAAUCACUAUUAAAAUAUCGCCCUUAUAAUACCCCGUUAAAAAAGUUGUAACUUUACUAUUAAUGGUGAAAGCACAUUUUUUACUGCACCAGCGACAGUCACACAGUAUAGCCAUCGUGCAUUUCCGUAUGUUGUGCGACCACAUCUCUCGCACGUGUCACUCAAACACGAAAAGCGGUAACUAACGUGACUAAGUCCUAGAUGUCUAACGCGCACGUGUGACACGUAGAUGCUUUGGAGAAAAGCACCUGCUAAAUGAAUAAAAGUAAAUGUAGGACCAGCAUCCACAUGCAGCACCAUCCAUCUAUUAGUGCCCUAUCAGACAAGCGCAUGUAAUCGUUCAUAAAGCUUUAUAUUGUACAUUUUGCAUU